CCUGUCUGAAUAUCAUCUGCAUAAAGAAGGGAGGGGACGCUGCAGAGUGAGUUAAAUACUGCACCUGACACAUGAGAACUAGAAACUUGGGUGUGAGCAUCGUCUACAGUAGCACAGCCAAGUAAACAUGUCCUUCUUCAAGAAAAUCUUCAAAAAUGCCUUUCCUGACAGAAAUCCAGGCAAAGACACAGUCGUAGUAAAGGGUAAGCCCAAGCCUAAGUAUUAUGGAACAGUCGUCCCUUAUCCCAACUUCAAUGCCAGCAGUGAUGCUUCCACUCUACAGAGCGCCAUUGAGAAACACGAAGUGGACAUAGAGGUGAUCAUUGCAGUCCUGGUGAAGAGGAACAAUGAGCAGAGACAGAAGAUCAAAGUAGUUUAUGAAGCGUCCACGGGCAAGAGUCUGGAAAAGGCUCUCAAGUCGGCUCUGAGGUCAGAUUUAGAGGACGUUACUCUGGCUCUGCUCAUGGAUCCCCCUCACUUUGAUGCCUAUCUGCUCAGGAAGGCCACAAAGGGUUUCGGCACAAAUGAAGAUGUCCUUGUCGAGGUUCUGGCAACAAGAUCCAACCAAGAGAUUCGAGAGAUCAAGAGGGUCUUCAAACAAGAGUACAAAAAAGACCUGGAGGAAGUAAUUAAGGAUGAGACCAGCGGGGACUUCACCACAGCCCUACUGGCCCUGUUGAAAGCACAAAAAGAUGAGAGUGUGGAAAUCGACAAUGAUCUGGCCCGAAGAGACGCAGAGAUUCUGUUCGAGGCAGGUGAGAACCACAAAGGAACCAAUGUCUCUGCCUUCAUCGACAUCCUGUCCAAACGCAGUGGGCCGCAGCUCACCAAGACUUUCCAGCACUACGCUGCUGUCAGUGACAUAUCAUUACCUAAAGCCCUGGAUUUGGAGCUGAAGGGAGACAUUGAAGACUGUCUCAUUGACAUUGUAAAAUGUUCCUGGAACACACCCGCUGUCUUUGCUGAGAAGCUCCAUCUGGCUAUGAAGGGCCACGGCACAUGUGAGGACACACUGAUCCGGGUGAUGGUGAGCCGCUCUGAGGUGGACCUAAAGAAGAUUAUUGAGGAAUACAGGGCCAUGUAUGACGUCAGCCUACAGGAGGCCAUUCUGAUGGACACUAAGGGACAUUAUGAGAGCGUCCUGCUUGGACUGUGUGGAGCUCACUGAAGUUCUUUGGAAACCACUCUUCUGGAAAUGUAGGCCAGUCUUUCCCCUGGAUUAUAAACAAAUCUUUGAAAGUUAUGAUCAAUACCGUGAUCAAUCUGUUUUAUUGAGUUGCUCCCACCAAAAAAAUAAAAACAUCUCAUACGCUU